AGUGUUAAUUUAAAGCAACAAAAUUAUUUGUAUAUAAUCCAAAUAAUAAAUAAGUUUCCUAAGAAGAAAUUAUACAAACAACUUUUGUACGGUUGCCGGCUUAACAAUAGCGGCCAGCCAGCAGUUUACAAGUAAUUACUGCAUUAUUUUUGGGGCAACAUCUGUUACACCUACAUCAUCCCUUUCAAUAUAGACGCCGUUGUACAACGUCAUCAUUAUCAUCAUCAUUAUUGUAAACGUUCAAGAUGACAUCUUUAGAUAUACGCAAUAAUUCGGCCGUUAUGAAACGUGCCGAACAACUUAAACGCUGGGAAGAAUCGGAUACAAAUCAACAACCUCCUGUUCCUCGACCCGAACCUGGUAAUCGCAUUAAAUUCUCAUCGGGAUGUAUAUUUUUGGCCGCAUGUUUGGCGAGCGACAAAGAAGAAGUGUUAAGGAUGUUAGAGCAAGGUGCCGACAUAAAUACCGCCAAUGUUGAUGGUCUAACAGCUUUGCAUCAGGCCUGCAUAGAUGACAAUUUAGAAAUGGUUGAAUUUCUAGUAGAACAAGGAGCUGAUAUAAACAGACAAGAUAAUGAAGGUUGGACUCCCCUGCACGCUACAGCCUCAUGUGGUUUUGUAAGCAUAGCACGUUAUUUAGUGGAACAUGGUGCCGAUGUUGCUGCCGUCAAUAGUGAUGGUGAUUUAGCCGUGGACUUGGCUGUCGACAUCCAACAUUUGCCCAUGAUUGAUUUCAUGCAAAAAAUGGUGGCCGAACAACAAAUUGAUUGUGCUAAAGCCCGUCAAGCUGAAGAACAGCAAAUGUUGAGCGAUGCCAAAAAAUGGUUGCGUAGCGAUGCCUCUGAAGUUGAUCGACCACAUCCAAAAACAGGUGCAACAGCGCUGCAUGUGGCAGCAGCAAAAGGUUAUACAAAGGUUUUAAGUUUAUUGCUCGCGGGUCGUGCUAAUGUUGAUGCUCAAGAUAACGAUGGCUGGACACCACUGCAUGCGGCUGCUCAUUGGGGACAAAAAGAAUCGGCAGAAAUGUUAUUAGAUGCCAUGGCCGAUAUGGACUUACGAAACUAUGCCGCACAAACAUGUAUAGAUGUAGCAGAUCGUAAAAUGGUUAAAUUCCUCGAAGAAUACAGAGCAAGUAACAAACGUAUGAAACGAAGGCCAUCUAGUCAAAUCAGUAGAAUCUCAGAUACAAUUGAAAAUCAUAUCGAUAAAACACCCACUAAAAUUAUACGCGUUGAAGUGCGACCAGAGAAUAAUAAGGAUCAUGUCAAUGAUGAUAAAUCAUCUAUGCAGAAAACCACAAAUGAAACACCCGCCACAGAAGAUGAGGCGCCAUGGCGACGUAAUAAUGUCACACGUGUGCGUUCAACCAAUGAAAGUCCAAUUAAAAAUCAAGUUCCUGAUAAUGAAGUUAGUAAAACAAAUAAUGCCACCACAGAGACAGAUGUUAUUUUAAGACGAACUCAAAGCUUUGAGAAUGAUGAAAAAUUCUAUCAAAAAUAUAAUGAAUUGCGAGCACGUAUUAAAGCUAAUUCAUGCCCCAUAAUACCGGCUACACUGCAACAACAUCAGCAACAGCAACAACAGCAACAUCAUCAACAGCAACAACAAAAUAAUAAUGUUAACAACAAUAACAAUAAUAACAAUACUACUAUAAUAAAUAAUAGUACAAUUAUGAGUGGUGGUGGCAGUGGUGGUAGUUGUUUGAAAAGCUCUAUAUCAGCCACAGCAGGAUCAGCAAUAAAAACAAUUACAACAACAACAUCAACAGCUACUCCAACAAUAUCCUCCACAAUUACACCCACUUCUACUACUAGUUCUACUACUAAUAAUAGCCUACUCACACCACUACUAUCACAAUCGCCAUUACUAGCAACACCAACAUCACCUGCCACCACGAAUACACUGGACACUACCACGACAAAUUCUCCCAAUUCAAUUGCUACCACCACCAACACCACCACCACCAACUCCUCCUCCAUCAACAUCACAAAUAUCAUAAAUCCAAAUUAUACUGUACAAAGAUCGGCUUCACUAAAAGAUCAUAAACAAAUAUUUAUCAGGAAAUCACCACCCAUAAGCCCCUCUGUGACAUCUUCGCCUGCUACGGCUGUUGCAACUACAACGAGUACAUCAAGUCCUGCUGCUGUAACCACACCCAUCAGAAGCACUCCCUCAACUUCUACUACUACUACUACUUCUUCUACUCAAUCAAAAUCAAACACUCAAGUGGCCAAAAGUACCACACAAAUUAAGGAUAAUAACGCUACACCAAACAAUAAACAAAAUCAGAAUUUAAAUAAAAAUAAUAAUCAAAGUACAACUACUAGUACUAGUACUACUACUACUACUAAUAACAAAAAUGGUUCAGCACCAGUUGAACCCGUUAAACAAAAACAAUCAACCGGAAAUAUAUUUAAAAAUUUCUUCAAAUCCUUCGUGCCACCGGUACGUGACGAAGAAAGUGAAACACAACGUAAGGCACAUGCUAAGCGUGUACGUGAAACGAGACGUUCAACACAGGGUGUAACCCUGGAUGAAAUCAAGAGUGCCGAAGAACUGGUGAAAAAGAAAAACUCCACUAUGAACAAUAACAACAAUAACAAUAGCAGCAGUAAUGAAAUGCAAGUAAAUGUAACAAGUGAAACGACCACAACAGCAACAACAACAACAACUACUCCAAUCAUAACAACAACAAUAGAACAAGAUUUAAGUAAAGAACAAGAACAAACGCAGCCCCAAUUACAAACAGCUGAAACAAGUGAAAUUGAAACAGAAAAGGAACAGGAACAGGAACAGGAAAAUGAUAAGGAAACGAAUGCAAGCCAAACGAAUGAAGUUAGCGAACGAACUGAAGAUGCAGAUGAAGAUAUAACGGCAUCAUUUACCAUAAUUGCACCCAGCUCGGCAACGAAGGCAAGGCCAUCCUCCUUAAUUGUUACCGCCACCACCUCAACCUCGCAAGAGUUUGGUCAUAACGAAGAAGAAGUUAGUGCCACCUUUGUGAUGCCACCACGUAAAGAAUCGCGAACGCCCACACCAACCACUGAGAAUGUUGAAACCACUUUGGUUGUAAGACCAGUGUUAAAGGACAACUCUCCCACAAGAGAUGAACUGGAUAAGAAACCCAAUAGAUUCCCGGAAGAAGAUGGCAAUGAAAAGUAUUCAAAAUCUUCUACGCACAAUAAAGAAAAUGAAAAUCAUGAAAAUAAAAAGACUGAACCACCGCCUCUGGCAGACGUGGAGUUAAGUGCGGAGACCACAACAACAACCACCCAACAGCCAACAAUGAAAAUGACCCAAUCACAACGUGCCCAAUCCAAUGAACGCAUACGAACGGCCUUCUUUAAUCCUUUGCCACUGGUCACACAAAUCACCACCACAACCACGCCCUCAAACGUUUCAUCGAACUCGGCAGCCAACUCAACUACCACCACACCGACGCUAGAUAGUCCAGUACGCUUGCGGGACAAGCGUUCGCUUUUUGAUAUUGACAAUGCCAGUUCUCAAACUCUGGCUGACAAACUACGUUCGGAAGCGAACAAAUAUUGGAACGAUGAACGACGAUUCGCAGGCGAUCACUCGGCUCUACAUGACAGCAGUCUGGAACGUGAUACCUCUGCCUCACCCUUAUUAGGGGGAGUUGCUGGUGCUUCUGCCGGAGGUUCUAAUGCGUCUUACAAUUACAACAGUCGUCGUAGUUUGGAUUCAUCUUCGUUGCCAAAUUCUCCAUUACAUACACGCGACAGAGAGGCGGGCGGUUGUAGUGAUAGCUCGUCCACAACUUCAACAGUAACAAGUGUUGGUGGUGGGGGCGGCAGCAGUUGUGGGGGUGUUGGUGGUAGUUUUAACAAUAUUUUAGCGGCUGAUCGAAGACCAUCAUGGCGUUUAAAAUUUGAUUCUGGUUCUAAGUUUAAACUGGAAGAUGCUACAAGCGGAAAUACAUAUCCACCGAAUAAUAGCACUAUAAUACCAAGUGCUCCAGCUGUUAUAGCUGCUGCUAAUUCCAUGUCACAGCGAAGAGUAAACAGUUCUAAUAAUACAAUUUCUUCUUCCAAUCAAUCAUUGAAUUCAAUUGGUCGACCCGUCUCGGCACCACCGACUAGUAAUUUAAGCAAUAAUAGUACUACAGCUAGUUCUAACACCUCCACCACUAGUUCCAGCAGCCACUCUAACAACGAUGAUAAACUCAAUGACAAUAGUUCCAGCAGUAGUGGCUUCGGUUCAUAUUCAUCGCGUCGCUCUAAUACAGCCACCUCGACCACAUCGUUAACUCCCGAUUCGCAAUCAACUGGUACGAGCACUUCGAACACUGUUAACACCUCAACAACAAAUCUGCAUAGCAAUAAUGAUGAUAAAGAUAAUGACAAGGAAAACGAUAAUCGCAGUGCUUUAGCUACACAGGCUGUUAUUCAGCGAAGAAGGAAACCGAAACGUCGCUCAACUGGUGUUGUACAUAUCGAUAUGGAUGAAUUAGAUCCAGAGAAACAAGAUUCUGCCAAUGAUAAUGAAGAAAAAGAGAAAGAGAGCGGUAGCGAAACACGUCCCAGCCGUUCCCGUGUCGGCAGCACAGCAAGCACUGUUUCGGUAUCGACAUCCACCUCGGCCACAGAUGAUAAGAAAACACGUGAUAAAACCGAAAACAGUGGUGAUAAUAUUGAUUAUAAGGCUCUAUGGGAAGCUGCAAAACUGGAAAAUGAUAAACUUAAACAACAACUAAAGAAAAAAGAUGAAGAUGUUGUACAAACAAGAGCCACCCUCGAAAGAUUUGCUAAUGCUACCACUAAAAAUUCUCUGUCAGAGAUUGAAAAGCGCGAAAGGAGAGCUAUGGAACGAAAACUUUCCGAAUUGGAAGAAGAGCUUAAGCUACUGCAGAAGCUAAAGAAUGAGAAUGAACGUUUACGUGCUGAAAAUCGUGCUCUUACGCGUGUUGUCUCUAAGUUGACCUCGUCAGCUCAGAGUCAAUUAUCGAAAUCAAAACAAUAAGAGAUAUUAAAAGAAAAUAAACAAAUAAACAAACAAAAUUAAA